UUUGGGGAGAGCACCGAUUUUUUAUCAAAGUACGCGAGAUGAGAAAUAUUCCUUCACUGAUCUUCUUACUGGCGGUCUUGGCUUCGUCCAUGAGCUUUCCGAUGAACAACGCCGAUUUCAACGCUGCUGCUUACAAAGAAGGCAGCGGUAAUCCGAGGGCUUAUCCGCAAUAUUAUUAUUAUCCUGACCCUGCUCCUGUUCAACGGCGACAGGACGAGAUCCUGGAUACGGCCCAUAGGGUGGUGUACACCCCCAUAUUUAGAUAUAAGAAGAAACAGUCGAAACAGCCGAUUAAGAGAGAUCCGUACCGUUAUAGAAAAGUUAAUAGGAUAAUGCCGGCGUACCUUAUUUAG